CUCUCCUCUCACCACACCACCACAUUUGAAGCCACACCACCACAAAUUACAACAAUGACUUCAUCGAUCUUCUACAAGUUCAAAAAUUCAAGGGAGAGCGAGCGCAUUAUUUUCAACGGUACCGAUUUGAGUGUUUUCGAGCUCAAGAAGGAGAUCAUCAGCGCAAGCGGCCUCGGCGACGGAACCGACUUCAACCUACACAUCUUCCCGCAAGAUGACCCCGCCUCCGAAUACAAAGACGACACCACGCUAAUUCCGCGCUCGUCUACCAUUAUCGCGAUUCGCCGCCCCGCUCCCAGAGGACAAGGCCGAGCCGCCCGCUACGUCAACGGCAAAGCGCCUGUACGCGCUUUCACCACGCAAAGCAAACCCGUCGCACCUUCACCUCACAUAAAUGCCGAAGAUCCUGAAGCCGCGUUCUUGGCCGAAUCAGCAAUUGCCUGGGAUGCACAGAAAGAGGCUCUUUCGAACGCAAAACCUGUCUAUCGCAAAAAUGCCUCCAAGAAUGUUGUUGUCCCUUCACAUCCUCCCCCUCCCGGCUAUGUCUGCCGCCGCUGCAAUAUCAAGGGUCACUGGAUACAAGCCUGCCCAACCAACGACGAUCCCGAUUUCAAGCCUGUUUUCCAAGCGAAACGUACUACUGGAAUUCCUCAAUCUUUCUUGAAGAAAGUUGAAAAGCCAGUCGACGAAGAAGCUGCAAAGGGCAUCAUGUUGAACGCCGACGGAGAAUACGUUCAGGUCAUGGCAGAUACAAAGACCUGGAACAAAUUUCAAGAGAAGACCAAUUUAUCACGACAACAAGCAGCAAAUGCCGACGCCGCAAGCAAAGAGCUUGCUGAGCGUGGUCUACAAUGUCCUAUCGACAAUCAAAGAUUUGUCGACCCCGUCAAAACCCCUUGCUGCGGCAAGACAUACUGCCGGGAAUGUAUCGACAACGCGCUAGCAGAUGGUGACUUGGUUUGUCCAAACUGUUCAAAGGAGGAUGUUUUGAUGGAUGAUCUCGUUGCCGACGACGACAUGGUCAAGUCUCUCAAGGCAUACGACGCAGAGAAGGCAGAGAAGGACAAGGCAGCAAAGGCAGUCGCUUCAACAAAUGAAUCAGUUAAUCAAUCCAAUGCUACUGACACCGCAUCUUCCUCUGUCGCAAAUGAAGAUACAACUGCUACCGCUACCGCUACUACUACAGUGGCAGCGGCUGACGAAGUCUCCGAUACUGACUCAACCUCUUCAAAGAAGCGCAAAGAGCCUCCGACAGACAUCAAACCUCCCACCGCACCGAAAGCCAUGCGUCAGGCCGCCGACCCCGCCUCGAAGAUGGAACAAGACUUUAUACAACAGAUGGAGAUGCUCAAGAACACACCGAUGGGCGCCAUGGGAAUGCCGAUGGGUAUGCCUAUGCCAAUGCAGAUGCCUCCGCAGAUGGGUUUCCAGAACGGCUACCAGAUGGGCUUCCAACCGCAACAACAACAGCAGCAGAUGCCGCAACAGCAGUGGUUCCCUCAGCAGAACUUCGGUUACGGCGGCCAGCAGCAGUACGGUCAACAGUACGGUCAGCAACAACACCAGCAGCAGCAGUACGGAUGGGGCGGACAAGCACACGCACAAGGACAAGGACAAGGACAAUGGGGCAAUGGACAAGGCCAGGCACAAGGACAACAAGACCCGAACGAUGCGUACGACAGGCAACCCGUCAACCCUCGGGGUCGUAACCGCAGGUCUCGCGCACCAGACUUCCGCUAUCUAUGAGUAGCAAGAACGUCUACACGCUUCUCGCAUCACAUCACCACACCACUACAUUUGAAGCCACACCACAUUUCACAACAACAACUUCAUCAAUCGUCUACAGCGAGUAUCGCAACUGGGCGGGCAUUCACACGGCGUUUCCCUCACCUUCACCACAGCGUGUCUUGGGGCAUGCAUCAUGGGCAGACACGGAAUCAUCAGUUCAUUUUGGGAGCGAGGGCGUUUUUUAUUUUACCUGGGCACGGCGUUUUCGGGAUUAUGUUGACAUUCACUGGGGGGCGUUUUUGAAUUAACUCUGACCUUGACUCGGCGUUUCUGGGCUUACUUCGACUUCUUUCCUGCGUUUUUCACGGACUUCAGAUUAGCUAGUUACCAUGAAAUGCAAACCACAAAACACACA